GACAUGGGUCUUGACUAUGGAGCCUGUACUCGAACCACCCAAACUCUUGGCUGAGGAAGCCAAAAAGGCAGGAUUAGCCGAUGAUGCAUUUACCGUCUGUGGACUCGGCGAGACCGUCAUCACUCCACCUUCACACUAA